CACAUAAAAAAAUGAACGACUGAUUUCUUUCAGUGGUAUAUAAUUUAUCGUUGUUUAAAUUUUAUUUUAAAACCGAGUAUGAAGACAAAAAUUUUCACCGAGGUAGUUAAACUUUUUAAAGUAAAUAAACGAAUGCAACAGAAUGCAGAUAUCCUUAGAUGUAUUUACCUACUUAUAUCCAAACCUGAAGCUUUAUGGAGGUGGUCACUAAUGUGUUAACCUUAAGUCAACGUUAUUUGAUUGUGAUCGGCCGCUAAAGAUACACGCCGGCUGAGCUUUACUAUAUUAUAAUUUAACGGUGAAAGUUUGAACGCAUAAAGUUUCAUGUGUUGUGAUAAGUGAAUCUUUAAACAAUGCCAGUGUUAUCAGGUUAUUGAGCAUUAAUGAUGAUGCGAUAUGGAAUGGAAAGUAAGAAGCUGAAUUGUAACAUCGAGUUGGGAUGCCGGUAUCUUCUGAAGAGAUGGUGUCUGGCUACUGUGGGUCUCAUGUGUUGACCGUCUUCACUCUUCUAAUACUUUUUGAAUGUAUCAUAUCGCUGAAACUGUUGGAGCUGCGCGUGCCGGCGCACGUGGCGCUGGGCACGCGCGCUUCGCUGUCGUGCCGCUGGGCGCUGGGCCCCGCCGACGUGCUGUACUCCGUCAAGUGGUACAAGGACGGGCGCGAGUUCUUCCGGCACGUGCCGCGCGACCACGAGCCGCGCAGGAAGUUCCCGCUGCCAGGAGUUGACGUCGAGCAAUGGGACUCAUCCGGCUCCAACCUGGUGCUGUCAGCAGCGGCAUCCGGCACGGCCGGCCGGUACCGGUGCGAGGUCUCCGGCGAGCGACCGCUCUUCCCCACCGUGUCCGGUCACGCCGACAUGGACGUCGUCGUUCUACCAACCAAUGGACCGGUUUUAACCGGCCUGGAAUCCACGUACCGUCUAGGAGAUGACGUUAAAGUCAAUUGCACAUCUGAUAGGUCUCGUCCAUCAAAUAAACUGAGUUGGUAUAUCAAUGGAGAACCGGCACCUACCACAGCUCUUCUGGAACCUGAAUACCAAAUCUGUGAAGAUCAACUCGAGAUUACCACCUUGGGAUUGAGUUUUAAACUUACCAAACAUCAUUUGAAGAAGAACGAAAUUAAAUUUAAAUGCCUAGCGACCAUUGCGUCUCUAUACUGGAGAAGCAUCGAGGAGAGUGCCUUGAUAGAACGGGAACAUGUCCGGGAUCAGUCACCAAUACAACACAUCGACACGGAAGAAAGAGCCCAUUCUAAUCUCGCUCCAUCAUUACCUUGCUCAAUCACUAUUGUUUUAAUGUUUUCAUUCAGUCUCUUUAUAAGGCUUUGUAAGAUUACGACUGGAUAGUAGAUAUGUCUAUACUCCAAGGCAGUGUUACUCAAUCUUUGAGACAGCUUGAGAGCUUAGUCCAUUUGUGAAUGCGAUCGACAAUAAAAUCCUGUAUAGUUAUAACUUUUUACAAAAUAAAGUAAUUAUAUCUACUGCUAGGUACCAUUUUAUUUAUUCAAAUAAGUUCGGUAGUUAGAGAACUAACACAACUUACUCGUCUCCCGUAAUUACGUAGGUACUCGGGAAAUAUUCCACGAAUGUUAUAAAGCUUCUAGUGUCAAAGUUCAGACUGUAUCAUGUUUUUAAUGUAAUUAAAAGUUUUCGAGAUUGCCUUGAGGUAAUGUAGACGUUAGUUUACGAAAACCACACGUAAAUUAGAUGAAGUUCCCCGAAUUUGAAAGCAGAGUUGCGUGAUGUAACUUUAUCGGUGCUGCCAGGUUUUGGAGAUUGGUGAUGAUGAUGAUGAUGAUUGAUUUAAUUCAAAGAAAUAUUUGCAAUAAUUUAUAAAUAUAACAAUUUCUACAUAAGCAAGGGCAUUCUAUUGUUCAAUUUGGCCUGUCGUUUUUGAAGGGUGUAAUAUGGUUUUUUCUACUAAUUAAUUUUCUAUUUGUAGUAGGAGGGCUUGGCGGGCAACAUCUAGUACAAAAUAAUGUAGGUAUAAUUUACCUAUGAUAUAACCCACCCACAAAGUAUCUUGAAUCUUAAUCUGAAAAUAAUGGACGUGAGAUACGGGGAGCCAAUUUGUUCAAGGCACUUUAAAUGCAUGGCACGACUCUCAGCUUUUAUCCUUGAUGCCAUGCGAUACCCCAGAAAAGUGGCUUUAACUUAAAAUCAUAGAAGAAAUUGUGUUAAGGCCCUUGAAAGAUUCUGGGUACUUAAAGAUGUUUGAAAAGUUAAACUUUUCUGUGUCGUUCUGAAAUUCUAAUUUUAAUCUAUUACUUAGUUACAAGUUGAUACCUAAUCUACCCAAUGUUACUAACAUUAGUUGACAGAAAUGUAUGCGGUGCAAUUAAUAAUUUCAAUAAAACCUUCCUUUAGGACUGUUGACCCUUUUGUGAAUACACAUGAAUUAAUAUACAAAUAAAACCUACUUUCGAAAUGAUUGUAGAUAAAAAAAAAAUGAUUUUACCGUGACAGUUUCAAUUUUUUGAUUGUCAUAAAAUAGCUAAAAAGCAACACCUAUCAAUGAAUUCUUAUUUCGGGUGCACCUAGUUAAAAUAUGUAACAAUAGUUUUAGCUCAAUAUAAGUAUCAAUAUAAUAGGGAAUAAAAACGAAAAUUUCUAAUUUCAUGUUUUCCUCAUGUAGAUAAAAAUGUGUGAUAUUGAUAAUAAUUUAUGUAAUCAAAAUCUUUACGAGAUGAAAGAGCUGCCACCCGUAAAGUCCUCUUUUAAUG